CGAGACUUUUUGUGUGUCAUGGAGGCAACAUCCAACUUUAAUGGAGGAGGAGGAGGAGGAGGAGAGGUGAGGAGCGUCAACGUGGUCUACUUCCUCAGCCGCCACAGCGGCCGGAUCGAGCACCCGCACCUUCUCCGGAUUCAUCGUCUCCGGCGAGAUCGCGUUUACCUUCGUGAUGUGAAGAGAUGGCUGUCGGAAUUCAGAGGGAAGGACUUGCCGGAGACCUUCACUUGGUCCUACAAGAGGCGGUACAGAGGGGGAUACGUGUGGCAGGACGUGAUGGACGGCGACCUGCUCACGCCCUGCUCCGACAACGAGUACGUCCUCAAGGGCUCCGAGAUCGCGAAUCACGCGAGCGAUGAGAAGGCGGCGCCGCCGGUGGCGAAGGCGAAGAUAUCCGCAGAGGAGGCGGUCGGCGCUGAGACUCUGCAGAUGGUGCCACUGGGGGAGCAGGUGUCUCCUAAGGCACCGGCGGCGGAGGUGGACGGGGACACGUCGCUGGAGGAGGAGGUAUCAAAAUUUCAGAUUGGAAACGGUAAGCCGAAGAUUGCGAAGGAGGAGGAUAAGAGAUCGGAAGCACCAGCCAUUGUCGACCACGGCGACGAGAACAGAGAUCAAGUGAACAAAGGACGCGGCCAUAACAACUCCGGCAAUAAGCCUGAGACGACGGCAACGUCGCGAGUGCUGCGCAAUAUCCUGAGGUGCAAGUCUUCGGUGAAGACGAAGGACGAGGGACUACGGGCGGUUCGCCGGCGGGAGAAGGAGCAACACGCCGGCGGACGGCGACAGGGAUGAUCGCAUCAUUCGCAUGUCGCUUAUGUUGAUCUUGCGACUGCUGCGCGUGUCAAUUUUAACAUUAUGAUUAAUAAUGAAGAACGAGAAUUGUUUUUCGCUAAUUAGGCGAAUGAAAGCUAGAAAUUUUAUUUGUGUUGGUACUGAAUUAUUUGGAUCGGUUUGUGUUUCAUAAUUCCUCUAUUUACUUUUUAUGUAAAAGGUAUUAAUGCUU